AUGCCGGACCGCAAUCGCUAUACAGUUGGAUGGAUCUGCGCCCUUUCCAAGGAGCUGGUUGCUGCAAGAGCCUUUCUCGACUCGGAACAUAAAAGCCCUAGCUACGUCGCCAAACAUGAUAGCAAUAGUUAUCUGCUGGGAAGUAUGGCAGGCCACAACGUUGUAAUCGCGGUCCUACCUGCUGGGGAGUAUGGGACGACCUCCGCGGCCACUGUCGCAAGAGACAUGGUGCACAGCUUUCCCAACAUCAGGUUCGGGCUCAUGGUCGGCGUCGGUGGCGGCGCUCCAAGCAGUGAGCAUGACAUUCGCCUGGGCGAUGUUGUUGUCAGCAUGGUUAGGGAGGGAAAAGGGGCAGUUUUCCAAUACGACUACGGCAAGACGAUGCAAGAUCAAGCUUUUCAAUACACCGGAUACCUGAAUCAGCCACCAACGGUCGUUCGAACGGCCAUCAGCGCACUCGAGAGUGAAGGACUUGCUGGUGGCUACCAGCUGGAAGAAGCGAUCAACGAUGUGUUACUGAAGAGACAAAGAUUGGUGCCGGAAUUCGGCAGACCAGAUCCCAGCAGCGACAAGCUCUUUCGCAGUGAUGUGGUCCAUCCACCGGUCGCUGGCAGCUGCGCGCAACUUUGUCUUGACGAUCCCUGGAAGUUGGUCUCUCGUCAUGAGCGAACGGCAGCAGAGAGCAAUCCGGCCGUCCACUACGGCAUCAUUGCUUCCGCAAAUCAGGUGAUGAAGGAUGCCAUGAUUAGGGACAAGCUUGUGGGACAGAAGAAUGUGCUGUGUUUUGAGAUGGAAGCAGCAGGACUCAUGAACCACUUCCCUUGCCUCGUCAUCAGGGGCAUUAGUGACUACUCCGACUCGCAUAAGAACAAGGAGUGGCAAGGAUAUGCAGCAAUGACUGCGGCUGCAUACGCAAAAGCUCUCCUUCGGAAGAUUGUUCCUUCGCAGGUCGACGAGGUAGAAAGAAUCGGCAAGCGAUUAGCACAGAGUCAGUUUUCCCCGGCCUAG